UGUGUUCUAACAACAAUAAUGUACACUAACAAAACUUCUAUUCAAAGAGAAAGCUUUGUUAUUCAAGUUUCAGAAAAUUUUCAAUCUUCAUCUCAAGUUAUUAGCCCUUCUUCUAAUAAAUUAAUCAAUUUCUCCGCUAUGAAGCUUUUCGAUCGCUUUCGCAAGAUCGUCAUGCGAUUCGUUUUCCCUAUCCCAACGUCUAGCCGGAGGAGGCCGAGUCGGGCUGGGGCAACGAUGUCGGCAACCGGGCCGGGCUCAGGACAGAGACGGAGAUCCUGUGACCGGCCCGAUCCGCCGAAGACCUCAUGUAGCUCUUAUUAUUCAUCAACUUCUCAUUAUAAUGAAGCUAUUGCUGAUUGUAUAGAGUUUUUUAAUAAGUCAUCACAAGAUCAAGGUAUUUUUAGUGGUAGAAAAUCAGACGUUAUUGUGUGAUUUUUAUGUUUUUUUGGGGCUAAAGUAAUUAAUUCAGUGCAACCAUGCUUGUAGCUUGUGUUGUUUAUUUUAUUUUAUUUUUGAAUUUUAUGAGUUCAAAUUUGAUGUUGUAAAUUUAAACAUAGUUGUAUAUGUGGAAUAGCUGAUUUUGAUUUUCUUAAUCUAUUCAAUUAUAGAGACCCCAUAACAAAAUAUGACUAG